AUGCCAGCAUUCGCCUUUAACGACCUCCCGACGGAGAUGCGGAACAAAGUUGUGCUAGACGCGCUUCCCUCCGUCACCGUACCAUUUCGGUACCUCUAUGAUGACAUCGCGUGGGUAUAUGACUACUCCGAAGAGCAGACCAUCAAGGCACUGCUGGAAACAAACGCCGACGUCGCUUCCCUUGUGAAUCAAGUGCGAUGCCUGAAGGCCGUAGGCUGCGAUGGGGCCCCCGUCAUGUCUAGGAUUGGCGGCGUGCCCUUCCGCAUCGACCCUUUGCACGACAUCUUCCAGGCAGUGGACAUGCGUCUUCCUGCCCUUCAGCCUUCUGUCUCCUGGAACCCACAGAGUAUUAAAGAUCACCAUCGCCAUGCCUUGCCCGUUGAAAACAUCCUCAGUGUGUCGCGAACUGUUUGGCUCCGUCGGGGUCAUCCUCCCCUCAACAACAACAACAACAACAACAACAACCAGAGCGAUAGUAACGGUCACGGCUCAAACCAGGCUAGCCCAUCUGAUGCUCCUAUUCCACCUCAGACAUACUUGGAGAUGCCAAUGGAGUCAGACCUCCCCAUAUUUUCUCGCCUCCCGAAGGCCAAAAAUCUCUCUCUAAUCAUUGAGAAUGUUGGCCGAGAGUGGCAUGUCGAAGGGUGUCAAAUGUUUGGCCCUGAUGUUGUUGGACCACGAUUUCGUGGAAACGACUGGGGGAUACGACGUGCCGGUAGUCACUCCAUUGAGGCCCAAAACCAUUUCCUGGACCAUGGCAUUCGUGCGGAUACGCGAACUCCCUGGACUUUCCCAGCCGGCUGGGAUCGCCUGAGUGAUCCCUUGGAUCGCUCUGACUAUUCGCCAAGUGACGCGCGAUUCUCCCCGCCUACCAUUGGAUUCUAUGGCUACAGCCGCGGCAACGUCUCCCUUGGAGGACAGUGGGCAGGGUUCCGACUCUGGGUGAACGAAAACAAGGUCGAGUUCAGCCCUCUCUCUUGGUGGGAGGUAGAGCCACUCAUUGGAGACUACUACUCCAUCGAGGAGCGCGGUUAUCGUACGUGUCACCCUGGUUUUGUGGCUCGCAUCUGGGUCAUCCGGUCGAAGAAGGAUCUCCAGCCAACCAACCAGCCUCACCAUCACUGGAUGGAGGUUCGUGAGGCAGAGAUUGGUGACCCCGAGUGGGUAGAGCAGAUCUCGACGACCUGGAAGAUGGUCCGCGAUAUGCUGUCUCGUGUUCGUGGGGAGGUCAGCAUUGAGGAGGACAAUGAAUUGAACCUCGCUGCUGGAAGCUACCGUCUCCAGAUGGAGCCCGUUGAGUAG